AGGCUGUAAGCAUUAAUGAACAGCCUGGAGUUAAACAUGGGACAGCCCCCAUCCGCAUACCUCAACAACAAAAAAAAAGCCCCCGUGGAAAGACACGACGCGCUCGCUGAUACGCUGCUGGUCCAGUUAGUGGGCCUGGACUGGAAACAUACUCCAUCCAUCCACGACUGCAAAACCAGCAGCUCUCACAUCACACACAAACACAUUUAUCUCAGUGAGCUCCCAUUCACGAUGACUGCGAAAAACCGACACAAGAACAGCUCGAGCGAGAAGAGCGCCGCAUCCAGCCAAGAUGAUGCGUCGAAGAAAAGCCAAAAGAGCACCAGUAACGGGCUGAGUGGCCCCGGACCUCAGGGGCCACGAUCAGGCAGCUGCCUCGGCUUUGUUGCGACCGCAGUGUUUUAUAUCGCGUUAAUAGGCGCUGCAGGGUUUGCUGCUUUUUAUUUACAACAAGUUGUGGAGGAAAUGCGACAGACAAACGCCAGGCACGAGGAGAGCGCACGGCAAAACGCGGAGUUGAGCGGAAAAAUGGAGAGCGUCGUUCAACAGGUGGAGUCUCUGAGUAGUGUUGUGGACGGGCUGGAGUCAUCCCUGGGGGUUACACGGGUGGAGAUGGAGGGGGCCAUCAGCCGGAUGAAGAGGGGCGAGGUGGAGACGAGGAGGGUGGAGGAGGCCCUUCAGAGGCUCCAGAAUGAUCUACUUAGGGACCUCUCAGAGGGCAUCAACGAGGUGAAGGAGGCCCGAGAGAGGGACUUCUCUUCUCUGGAGACGACUGUGGAGGAGCGUCUGGCUGAGGUGAGUCAGUCCAUCACAGCCAGCGUGGCCGAGUUCACCGGAGCUCAGGGCGAAACGCAGAGCCAGCUGGCUGAUCUCAAGGCCCGCCUGGGGGACAUGGAAGACCCUGCGCUCAUCAAACAGGAGCUCUCCGCCAUUGUGGAUGCUGUAGCUGAAAUCAAAACAGCCAAAGAGGAAGCUGAUGCCUCAGCUGAUUCGUUCAGGGAACAGGUAGGUGCUGUGAGGUCAGAGCUCCACACCCGCAACCAGGAAGUAGCCUCACUGUCCCAGGAAGUUGAAACAGUGAGGUUAGUCUUGCAAGAGACCAUUGGAAAUCUGAGGCAGUCCCUGUCUGCAGCAGAGGCUGAUGUCAAGGCUCUGAAGGACAAAAGCAUGACACUGGAGAGCGGCGUGGAGCAGGCCGCUGACACCGCUGGCCGCGCGGAGAAGGAGGUCAACGCAGCGGUCGCUCAGUUCCAGAAAAGAUCAGACGACCUGGAAGCCCGAGUUAAAACAUCGGAAGAGAGCGGAGAUUCGCUGUCAGCAUCGGUGUCAGACAUCACCUCCAAAAUGGAAUCGCUAUUCGCCAAAUACGACAGCCAUGAAAGCACUCUGGCCGCACAGGGGCAGGCUGUGGAGAAAGUCAAAACUGGCGUGGAGCAGGAGAUGGAGGCACUGAAAAGCAGUUUUGGGGAGCUCCAGUCCAACAUGGCUGCUCUGGGCGGUGCCCAGACCAAGCUCCUGUCCAAGGACUCCAGCCUGGGUCAGCAGGUGGUGGACUUGGAGAAUAGGCUCGCUGCUCUGGAGGACAGCAGCCGCAGCAGCAUAAAGCCAGAGCAGCUCCAGAGCUUAAGAAGCAUGGUAGAUGGCUUGGAAAGCAAAGCAGCCAAGCUAGAAGGCCACGAUCAGGCCAUUUCUGCUCUUCAGAAAGCUCUGCAGGAGACUACACAGACACUGGCGGGUUUAUCUAUUGACAAGGAGGAAAAGUAGGGGGUUAGAGUUAGCAACGUCACAUCAGGAUACCCAAACACGGACAAUAAUGAUUCCCAAAGGGUGACCUAAACCCACUUACUGUUUUCCGUGAAGCGAUGUUUCUUCAAAUUCGUCGGUUGAUGUCACGAUGUUGAACAUUUUAGUAGAAAAGUAUAGCCAAUGUGAGGAGUUAGGUCAGGAGGGCGAGGCAGAGCUGUACUGCUGAUCUGUGAAUUCAAAUCCACAUUCAUUCUGCACUGUAGUUAUUUUUCGUUCCUAAUGUUUUGUUUAAUUGUCUGUGCCAAGGCGGUUUCUUUUUAAAAACCAAGCUAAUUCAAUAAUAAGCUCUGUUGGAGCACUUCUUUGUUUACUCACGUGUUUUUUACAAGAAUAAAAACUCUUGUUGACCUAAA